UUCAUGCUUUCUUUUCUUCCUUUAAAGUGUGUUCGUUUACGAAAUUCCUUUAUAUUUGUGAUUGUGCUCAUUCAAUAACAAAAUACAAUGAUUGAAGAAGACAAUAAAACAAUUUGGUGUGGUAAUUUACCCGAACAAGUUACUGAGGAAAUACUAUACGAAUUGUUUUUGCAGGCCGGACCAUUAGAGAAAGUCAGAAUACCUAGAGACCGCGAUGGACGCCAGAAGAACUUCGCUUUUGUCACAUACUGCCAUGAAGUAUCAGUCCCAUACGCAAUCAACCUAUUUCGAGGAACCUCCCUGUUUCACAGGACUUUAACACUGCAAAGCCGAGGACGAAUGGUGACAUUACCACCGCCGAUCAGAUGCUAUGGACUGGAGCCUCCAUUAGAGUUCCCUCCUCAAAUAAAUAUAGCCAAACAAUUUGUUGACAUGACUGAGCAUCUGAAAGAAGAUGAGUUUAAAACUAAUAUGAUUCGCCAACCACAUGAUCCUAAUGAUAGGUUAGUUAUAGCCAGCUUACAGGGCAACUGGUCACAUCGGCACCACCCCUACAGGCCCAAAGACAAGUCACACAGAGAUCAAGACCGAGACUAUCGUCCCAGGGAGGCACACAAUGAUAACUAUGGCAGAAACAAAGAUAAUAGGAAUAAGCAUUCAGGAAACUGGCGAGAAAGGAGAACACAUAAAAAAGGGAGCUACCAUAGAUAAUUUUAAAGAUUUUUGUACAUACUCAAGAUAAUGUAAAAUAUUAAGAAAAUUACUUUUUUGGAAUUUGUAUUCCAUAAUUCUAGAUAUUGUAAGGCAAAGAAUGCCUUUUAGCAAUGAGUUAAGAUUUUCUGUCAGUACUUUGUGCUUCCAAUAAAUACAUUAAGGUAUUAGGUAAAUAAAACAAAUGUUUGAGAGUUGUAUGAAUA